UUUUACUGUUUUUACUUUUGUUCCGAGAUCUCUUUAUUCACACAUGUAAUUGGAAUUUGUGAUGUUAAAGAGAGAUUAAAUCUCGAUGUUUUAAAACGCACAGACGAGCCGUCAAGGAUCCCAAGGAAUUGGACGUGGAUUCUGCUUCGACGGAGCUCAGCCUCCCUCCCAGAGGCAUGUGAGCGCAGGCGUACAUGCGUACACCCUCGCUUUGGCAGUCUGUUGUGUUUUGUUGCACGCCCGCCUACGUGUGGCGAAAGCAUGGUGUUCUGCGCGCACCCGCAUCAUGUGGCGGCUACGUGCGCAUUUUUCACGCUUGCUGCAGUCAGCAAUGCGGAGUUGUCCACGAGGAAAUUCUAUCGAAUUUAGUCUGGUCUAAAAAGUUCUAGCAAUCACGCCGUUUCUCGCUUUCCAUAGCGUAGGCGCUGUAUAGCAUUGCCAGAUCUGUUUGGCAGGCAGAAUUCCGUCAAUUCUGUUCCUGCGCGUGAACCUUCAUCAGGUCUACGCUCAUACAAGGCUUAUUUUUGCAUGACAUCAUCUUUAUUCACCAACAAAUGGGCCCUUAGAUUGCCGUCACUUUCACUAGCUGGCACGUCUGCAUCCGCUCGCAUCGUUUCACCGUAGACAUUUUUUGCUAAAAUGCCGAUCAAGACGAUCUUAAUUUAUUUUUUGGAAAAGGAAUCGUAUUCGGCUUAUCCAGAAAUCUUGACGGAAUCCACAUUCGUGCUGUGGUUUGCGUGCCAAAUUUGUUUGCAAUUCGGGCUGCGUAUUCUUCCGGAAUGGGGAGACAGCCGAUUAGACCCCGACACGGAUACCUAUUUCGUUUCCCUGAUCGAACUGUCCGGACUUGAGGUGAACGACUGUUUCUGGGAUGACGUCAUGUCGGGAUGGAUACCACCGCAUCCACUCACUGUGGCCCGUGCAGAAGGAGCCAGACUGGUUGUGGACGUUCCAGCGGCUUCCAACCGAAUCAUCGGGUACAUGGCCACCUUUCUUGCCGUCAUCCUGACGAUCUUCUUAAGCGGCUCUUUGAUAUACCUGGUGUGCGCCAAUCGCCGCUGGACCUAUCCCAUAUCGAAGGACCAUCUGCCGUACUGUCGUGACGUGGAGGCGAUUAUCCAAAAGUACCGACCGGCGGGCAAGAGGCAUGGGCCUGCUAACAUCAUACUGAUCUUGCUGUGUGCGAUGGUCAGCGCCGUCAGUUUCACUAUCUACUAUGCCAGCUGGAUGGUGUGUUGCGCCAUACCGGUGAUGCUUCUAUGGUUGUCCGUUAUACUGGCCAUAACCGCAAUUGGCCCAUCUGCUGUUUUCCCGGGUUGUAUCCUCUUCGCUAGCACCAUGGCCGUUUAUUGUACCGGCCGAAUUUGGAGAUUAUGGAUGAGUGAGAGUUAUCUUGCCCUGAUUAAGAAGGGAAUCAGAAAAUUGAUUUCUGCAAAUUCUACCGAAUCUCGUUCAUCCGCUGAUCGCCCUCAAGAAAGCAGAACUGCGGGGACGAGCAAAACCCGAAGACAGGAAGUACACCGGAAAAAGGCAGCCUGCUGCUUCUCGGCCUUCUUUGUGGGAUGCGUUGCUGUUUAUUUCAACGUUUGGCCAUUAUUUCAGCAGUUUCCCAUCGUCAGUCAAUGGCAAAGCUGCAGUGCUAACUGGACGUACUGGCACCCAUUUAAUGCAACAGGGACCUGCACCAAGCACGGAACAUAUUUCGACCAAGGAACAGCGAUGCUGUCAUACUGGGUGGAUCUGCAGUCUGAAGAACUGCGGUCAAAGCCUGGCAGCAAUACCGAGCGGCUGCUCAGCUUCACUCCGUCCUUCUCACCGGCUGUCAGCAGGGCGUACUUGGUAUGGUGUGGAGUACUGUCCGUGGCCAGCGGCAUACCGGUUAUGGCGGUGCAUUAUGCGGAAUAUAUCAUUGUUGGCAUUGCCGUCCUGGUCGCCGGUGGACUACUCGUAUAUCGCCGUGUACAGGCCUGCUGUACCAAAUGGCGUCGGCAUGCUCCUGACCAGCGAAUCAUGACGGCCGAUAACAGAUACAAGGCGCAUCUGCUAAUUGUGGAGGUUGCGGCGGAAAAACCCAAUGGUCAGGGCAGCGCAUCAUCAGAUCGUUCUCCUGUACCAGCUAGCACGGAGAAGGAUAAUACCGACAUUAUGCCACACGGAGAUAUUAUUAACGAUCAAACGAUCCUGGAAGUAAAGGACUCACACGUUUUACCAGUGCCGAUCCCAUCUGACCCGAAGGUUCUAGUGGGGAAAAACACGGAAACGACAGAACCCUGUCUGUGUGAAGCACUGAGUUAUAUGUGGUUCUUUGCGAUGGACGGCCAUUGCCCGUUGGUCUGCGGCCUGGUGCUCCCGUAUUCCCUUGUAGGACUGUUUGUGCCCGAAUGUCUGCAACUGCCCGGCAUCUUGCUGUUGCUAACGGUGUGCACGAUUUGGAUGUACGGCAACCUGGUGAAGUUUGUGUGGCAUAUACGACGCAGUAAAGGAUCCGUUAAAAAUAAGCGCAAAACUGACCGUCAUGUUCGCUGGUCCAACAGCAUUACGACAUCCAAAUCCAAACGUCCAGCAGCAAAAUUUUUCCUCCUGAAAUAAUUCGAUACCAGAAGAUUUCCG